AUGUCCGGAAGCGCAGGCUACGAUAGACAUAUCACCAUCUUCUCCGAUCAAGGUCGCUUGUACCAAGUCGAAUAUGCCUUCAAGGCCAUCACCGCGGCGAACAUCACCUCGAUCGGUGUGAGGGGGAAAGACUGCGCCAUCGUUGUUUCGCAGAAGAAGGUCGCUGAUAAACUCAUCGACCCGUCCUCCGUUUCACAUGUCUUCAAGAUCUCCUCCUCAGUGGGCUGUGUCAUGACCGGAUCCAUUGCCGAUGCUCGUGCCUAUGUCGAUCGUGCCCGUGGAGAGGCUGCCGAAUUUAAGUACAAGUUUGGCUAUGAGAUGCCGUGUGAUGUCUUGGCGAAACGACUGGCCAAUAUCAACCAGGUUUACACACAACGGGCCUACAUGCGACCACUCGGUGUGGCCAUGACCUUGAUUUCGGUGGAUGACGAGAAAGGCCCCCAAGUCUACAAGUGCGACCCGGCGGGUUACUACGUCGGAUACAAGGCGACUUCCUCAGGCCCGAAGCAACAGGAAGCGCAGAACUACCUGGAAAAGAAGCUGAAGAACAAGGAGGCCGCGCCUGGAAACUGGGAGGAGGUGGUGGAGCUGGGUAUCACGGCGCUGAGCAAUGUGCUCAGUGUGGACUUCAAGAAGCAUGAACUGGAAGUUGGUAUCGUGGGCGGUCCCCGUACAGACGGCAGCGGUGGCACCACCACGGAAUUCCGGGCUUUGACGGAGGAGGAGAUUGACGACCGGCUCCAGGCCAUAGCAGAGAAGGAUUAA